AUGUCUGAAGUUAAUACUACAUCUUGCGAUCAACGCCCAGAUGAGCUUGUACAGAACUGUAACUCUACUCUAUCUCAUUUACUGGACCGUCACGCUCCGCUGAAAACUAAUACUAUACUUGUGAGACCAUCAGUUUCGUGGUAUACUGACGAGACUUUUAGUCAAGGUUGCGAAAAGACGUCGAGGGAAAGCUGGAAGAGUUUGGAGAAGAACUAGACUGGAAUCUGAUUUUAACAUUUACAAAACCAAGAAAAACCAUAUGGCAUACCUUUGUAACAGAGCUAGACGCGAUUUUCAUACUAACUUUAUCAAUGAGAACUGUGAUCAAGGUCGACUUUUUUAGAGAAUCUAAAAAGGUUCUUUGUCCUUAAGACGAACUGUACGUCCUUCCCUGAUUAUCGCGAUUGCUCGGUUCUUGUAAAUGACUUCGGUAAUUUUGCCAGAAAAAUAGGAAAAAUCAGAUCAGACCUUGACUCAGUCAAUUUGGAUUUGAAUGAGGAUCAAAUUGUUCCACAGGAGUUCCACCUGGAUGUUAAUAAUAAGCUUCCUGAACUCGAAAUCCUUGUUGAAGAUAACGUGCUGUCUCUCAUUCAAUCUUCAUCAGUCAAAUCUUGUUUACUGAACCCAAUGCCUACACCCCUG